AUGCCUCCGCCAGGCAACGAAUAUGCCGCCGAGCAGCUGAAGAACGCUGGCAACAAGUGCUUCAAGAAUGGCGACUACGAGGGCGCAGAGGGCCUGUACUCGCAGGCCAUCCAGAAGAACUCGGCCAACCCGCUGCUCUUUACUAAUCGCGCCAAUGCGCGGCUCAAGCUGGAGAAAUGGGAGGGCGUCAUUGAUGACUGUAUUCGGAGUAUCGAGUUGCUGCAGGAGAAUAUGAAGGGCUUUUUCUACUUGGCACAAGCACAACUGGCCAUCAAUCACCCCAAUGAAGCCCUGGCAUCGGCCCUCAGAGCCUAUGAACUAUGCACCACAUCGACGCAGCAAACUUCCAACGCUGCCACCAUCUCCGCCCUGGUCCUCAAAUGCAAAAAGGCCAAAUGGGACAUUCGCGAGCGCGAGCGCAUACGCAGACGCGGCGAUCUUCUCGCUGACCUCGAGUCCAUGCUGGAAACACAGUACAAAAAGGACAUGGACGAGAUCGAAGCUCGCAUCGAGACGAGCGAAACCAGCCGAUCAGAUGGCCAGGAAGAGAAGGCAGAGCGUAAGCUGGAGUUCGAGAAGAAGCGCGACGAUCUGCGAACAGCGUUUGCAAUCUCCGACCCGGACCACCAGCAGAAGCGCGAGGUGCCCGACUACCUCGUUGAUGGCAUCACGUUUGAAAUCAUGCACGAUCCCGUCGUUACCAAGAAUGGCCGGUCUUACGAGCGUGCCACGCUCAUUGAGCAUUUGAAGCGCAGUCCAACCGACCCGCUUACGCGAGAGAUACUGAACAUCAACGAUCUGAGACCAAACAUUGCACUCAAAGAAGCCUGUGAAGAGUUCAUGAGUGCGAACUCGGGGUGGGUGUAUGAUUGGUAG